AUGGAGGACGACUUGGCUUCCGAGGAUGACACCCGUAAGUGAAAGGGGUGCGGGCUGUGGAGGGGGGAGAGACGAAGCGGGGUGGGGAUGGGGGGGGGGGUCCGAGGCAAAAGUGGAGGAAGAACCGAGGGCUCCUCUUGGACUUCCCACCGACUUCCUCGCGCGUGGGGCGUCGCUCUGUAUAAUGUGGCCGGUGCUGGCAGAGCCACUGCGGUCGAAGGUUUAAGUUCCCGCCCCGAGGAGCGUGCAAUCGGGGUUGCAAUCGGAAGGGAGAGAGGCGAAGUGAAAGGGGUUAGGGUUGGGAAUGGGGGGGAGUGACACUGGAUAACUAGGGCUUCGAGGUGUGGGGGGAGGAUUGUUCCGUCGGAAAGGGGGAGCGGGGAGCAGCAGGCUUCGGCGGGGAAGGAGAAGAGUUCUUCCCGGCCUCUGCUGAAAGCUUCCUCGGCGCGCUCCUCGGGGAUGAUGAUCUAACCCAAAUGGGCAGGAAUUCGCCCCCUAGCCCGGUCCUCGAGCCCGUUGAGCCGGGGCGCUUGCAUUCCAGCUAUUUGUGCUUUCUCUCUAAGACUCCACAUCUGAGAGUUGGGGCUUUUGUGGGGUGGUUCUUUGAGAGAGGAUUUAGUCGCCUGCAUUGGAGCCGAUGCACGAAGUGGGCGCGCGCCUGCUGGUCCCCCUGGCGUACACGUGUAACUGCACCUUUUGAGUUUUGGAGGAGGAGCUCCAGGAUGUGGAGCAUGGUGCAGGUGGGGUGGGGAGAGUUGAAACCUUACACCCCGAUGCCACCCACCCUCUUCCGCCCCAAGAGCUACCCAGCUGCCCAGCGACGUGAACGGAAGCUUCCCUUCCAGAGUAAAUCGCAAGUGUGCAGGGGGUUGAUUUUCAUCAGGACCACAGAAGGUUAAAAAAAGGCCUAUCUAUCUGCAUGCUGAGGUCCCAAUCCUGAUUACACACCCAUGGACGUGCGCACACAGAGAGAAAAUAGCUAUUUCAAUAACAAGCUGGUGUUGGACUACAUUUCCCAUCAUCCCUGAACUUUGUCUUUGCUCUCAAGGAGUGAUGUGAGCUGAUGCCCAACAACAUCUGAAUGUUACUGCAUUGGCUACUCUGGCGGCCUGUUCAAAAAACAGUUGUUGGUGAUUAUUGCACAAGAUACCCUGGCGUUGGUUAGCUAAUUAAUUGGGUGUCUGUGGCCGCUUCCAUUUAAAAGCACUGUGAUACCACUUUAAACAGCUAUAAAGGUAAGGGGACCCCUGACCAUUAGGUCUAGUCGUGCCUGACUCUGGGGUUGCGGCGCUCAUCUCGCUUUAUUGGCCAAGGGAGCCAGCGUACAGCUUCCGGGUCAUGUGGCCAGCAGGACUAAGCCGCUUCUGGCGAACCAGAGCAGUGCAUGGAAAUGCCGUUUACCUUCCCGCCAGAACGGUACCUAUUUAUCUACUUGCACUUUGACGUGGUUUCGAACUGCUAGGUUGGCAGGAGCAGGGACCGAGCAACGGGAGCUCACCCCAUCGUGGGGCUUCGAACCGCUGACCUCCUGAUCGGCAAGUCCUAGGCUCUGUGGUUUAACCCACAGCUAUAGCUUCCCCCAAAUAUUUAUGCGAGCUGUUGCUUCUUAAGGGUGCCAAGAGAUGUUAGGAAACCUACCUAUUUAUUUAUAUUUAUGUACUUAUAUUAUUAUUAUUUUACAUAUAUACACACACACAUACUAUAUAUAUAUAUAUAUAUAAUUUAUGUUUAUAUUUAUAUUUAUUCCAUACAACUUAUACAAAGUAUAACAUGGGUGUCAGACCUCUUUUAAAAUUUGGAAUAUACUUUACUGGUUCCAAAAAUUGGAAUAAAUAUAUAUAUAUGUAAGACCAAUAGUUUGGAUCAAGACAAUGGCCCAUUUGGUCUAGCCUCCUGUUCUCACCGUGACUGACCAGGUGCUUCCAUGUGAAGCCCAAAAGCAGGACUUGAGUGACAGCAGCGUCCCCACUUGUGAUUCUCAGAAGUUAGUAUUAAGAGGUGCAUCGUCUCUGACACUGGAGAUAGCAUAUAUCCAUUGAAAGACCUGUAGAGUUAGAAAGGACCCUGAGGGAUCAACAAGUCUAACCCUUCCCCCGCUUUUGAUGCAGCAAUCUCAGCGCAUGGUCUCCCAUCCAAUCUGAAACCAUAUUGGGACCCUGCUUAGCUUUGCAAAUGUGCUAGCAGUUUCAUUGCUGCACAAGUAUGUGUAUGUAUGUUUAGCUUUAUUAUUAUAUGAAUUUGUCUAGCCUCCUUCUAAAGCCAUCUAAGUUUAUGUACAAGAUCCACCCUUGAUACAUGACAUCUGCAGCAGGUACAGUCUUUAACAACAGGAGAGCCCUGCUGGCUCAGGUCAAUGGCCCAUUGAGUCAUAGAACAUUAUCUGGUGCAACUCCUUUCAAUACAGGAAUCUCAGCUAAAGCAUUUGUGACAGAUGGCCAGUCCCCUAUUCUGUUCUCACAGUGGCCUCACAGAUGCCCCAAUAGGAAGCCCACAUGCAAGACCUGAGUGCAACAGAGACCUCUCUGCUUGUGAUUCCCAGCAACAGGAAUACAGAUGCAUACUGUGCAAGUAAGAACACAGUGGUACCUCGGGUUACAGACGCUUCAACUUACAGACGCUUCAGGUUACAGACUCUGCUAACCCAGAUAUAGUUCCUCGGGUUAAGAACUUUGCUUCAGGAUGAGAACAGAAAUUGUGCUCCAGCGGCAGCGGGAGGCCCCAUUAGCUAAAGUGGUGCUUCAGGUUAGGAACAGUUUCAGGUUAAGAACAGACCUCCAGAACGAAUUAAGUUCUUAACCCGAGGUACCACUGAAUAGCCAUUGUGGUGAGUAGCUAUGGACUGCCUUAUUCCCCAGGAAUUUGUCCCCAUUAACUUUUCAAACUUAAUGCGUUCUGGAAGUCCGUUCCAAAACCAAGGUGCGCUUUCCCAUGGAAAGUGAUGCAAAAUGGAUUAGUCCGUUCCAGACUUUUAAAAACAAUCCCUAAAACAGCACUUAAACAUGAAUUUUACUAUCUAACGAGACCAUUGAUCCAUAAAAUGAAAGCAAUAAACAAUGUACUGCAUUCACACAAUCAAUCAAUCAAUCAAUCAGUAGCUGAACUGGGUUCCACACAGUCACAAAAACAAACAAAAAAAGAGCCACAAAAACACAAAAUAAAUAGCAAAAACAGACAGACCUCAGCGUAACACUCAAAACGGAAGUGUGGCCAUCAAAUAGGAAGCGUAGCACUAAAAACGGAGCACAUUAAGGCAUCUGAAAAAAGCUUACUUCCGGGUUUGCAGUGUUUGGGUUCCAAGUUGUUUGAGUACCAAGGCAUUUGAGGACCAGGGUAUCACUGUAUAUAAUAUGAAGAGUGGAUUAUCCAAGAGGUGUCUCGCUCAUUAUAAUUCUUAAUAAAGCACCAACCUAUUUGUUUAUCCCAAAAGAGAAUCUUUAUAUAGUUUUAUAGGUACGUCUUACCAAAUUCCUUUCAUUAAUAACUGCUUUAAAUCUGCUUCUUCCUGAAGCAUGACUGUGAAUUUAACAAUAGUUCUCCCUCUGCCACCCUUCCCCUCCCCCCAUAUGCUUUUUACAGUUCCCUUCAGUUGACUUUAUACUUGUCUCACGGCUGUUGAAAGCACCAGAAGGCAAGGGCAUAAAGUUCUAGAAACCUGUGUGCUGUGUAAAUCCACCCCUGCCCUGUCAGUGUGUGUGUGUGUGUGUGUGUGUGUGUGUAUUAUGAAAGCUGUAGUUUAUACUACCUCUAGUUUAUUAUAACUUAUAAGUACUAGUCAUCCUGUGUAAAUAAAUAUCUCUGUUUCACCUUGCUGAUGGGCAUUUCCUUCUAAAGCCCUCGGAUCAUACUUAGUUGUAUUUUUAUAUAUUCCUGUUCAAAGCUUGGAUAUUUCAAUAUUAAAUGGCUUAUAGUCUUAAAAAUAAAUAUAUGUUUUUUGAGGGGUGCCUCAGCAUCUGUAGAUAGAGCUGAGAGGGACUCGCUGCCUCUGAACCAGUCAAUGUUGAUAAUUCUGAGCUAGGUGGACCAAUGAUCUGGUUAUGCCUAAAGCAACCCUCCUAUGUUUCCUACAUUCUGGCACUGUCUCCAUUCCAAUUUGGCUUUUAUUGUGCUCAACCUUCAUGUUAGGGUGAAAAACCUUCUGCCCUGUGUUGCUGUCUGCUGCCCUGGAGGAUGCCCGUUGGGUCUUUGUGCGAGUCCCUGAUCUGACUUUGCUCUAUCCAAGGAGGCUUUGCUGGAGGCAGGCUUCCGAUGGCUUCCUAGCAUGGGCCCAUAACAGAAUGAUCCACCGUCUGAGACUGACUGAGGUCCAAGCUAACUGUGCCGGACCAUCUGUUCCAUCUGUUCAGCAGGCACCUCCUUGCAGUCAACAAUAUGUACCCAACUCCCUCUAGGAUUUAAUUUCUGUGUUUUUCCAUCUUACAACCUGCCCUGUAACCAUCAUUAACACCACCGUGCCCUGCUUUUCUUCCCAAGUGCUUCUUUCGGAGAAAGAGUUUCACGAUGCGGCAAAGCGGAACAACACAGCGCGGAUGAACGAGCUGAUCAAGAGAGGGGUGGAUGUCAAGGCCAAGAAUAAUGUAGGUGCUUAUAGGGGAUGGGGUCCAGAUAAUGUUGCGGGCUCUUCCCCAGAAAUCUGAAUUGAGGUGAUGAACCUGUGUCCCUCUGGAUGUUGCUGAACUACAUCUCCCAUCAUCCCUUGCCCUUGGCCAUGCUCACUGACGCUAUCCGGGAACAUCUUGAUGACACACAGGUUUGCCACAUCUUAUCUAGACCCUUCACGGUUGGAACACAGGGAUGUUUUGGGUUGCAGGAGAACAAAACCAAACCAAGUACAGUGGUACCUCAGGUUACAGACGCAGGUUACAGACACCGCUAACCCAGAAAUAGUACCUCGGGUUAAGAACUUUGCUUCAGGAUGAGAACAGAAAUUGUGUUCCAGUGGUGCAGCGGCAGCGGGAGGCCCUAUUAGCUAAGAACAGGUUAAGAACAAUUUCAGGUUAGGAAUGGACCUCCAGAACGAAUUAAGUUCUUAACCCGAGGUACCACUGUAGAUCCAAGAACUCUGUCGUGAGACUUUCUCCAAUCUCCUUGAACAGCGAAGCUGAAAUGGGGUUGGGAGGGAAAGGGACAUCUUUUCCGUCGCCAAACUCCCCCUCCAGUGUUCUAUAUGCAGUAAAGGUAAAGGGACCCCUGACCAUUAGGUCCAGUCGUGGCCGACCCUGGGGUUGCGGCGCUCAUCUCGCUUUAUUAGCCGAGGGAGCCGGCGUACAGCUUCCAGGUCAUGUGGCCAGCAUGACUAAGCCGCUUCUGGCGAACCAGAGCAGUGCACGGAAACGCCGUUUACCUUCCCGCUGGAGCGGUACCUAUCUAUCUACUUGCACUUUGAUGUGCUUUCGAACUGCUAGGUUGGCAGGAGCAGGGAGCGAGCAACGGGAGCUCACCCCGUCGUGGGGAUUCGAACCGCCGACCUUCUGAUCGGCAAGUCCUAGGCUCUGUGGUUUAACCCACAGUGGCACCUGCGUCCCACCCUCUAUAUGCUCUAAGCUAGCCCCAAAGCCAAAUCAGCCCCAAAUAUAUUUUUUAAUUAUCAUACUGAGCAUUUCUAUCCCACUCUUCAGCCACAAAAGCUCCCAGAGCAGCUUGCGAGACUUGCAGUGCGAAAGAGGUGGCACAAAAGAAAAAGGCUUUAGGAGGGAGACGGAAAAAAGGACACCCAGAAACUAUGAGUGCUUCUGAGGCUGGAUUUAGGUUUGAUGAGGCCCUAAGCUACUGAAGGUAAUGGGGCCCUUUAUAUAUCCAGCUGUCUUUUGUCAACAACAAAUUGUCGCUGUUUUUUGUGUUGAAUAUAUGCUAUAUGGUAAUUUAUGGACCUAAUAGGUCCAUACACAACACAAAGCACUGUUGCUGUAUGUAGGUUUUAUUUUAUUUGUUUUUUAACUUAUAUUUUGGAAAUGUACAUCCAGUUGUUGUUUUUUCCCUUUAAAUUUUUAGGGGCCCCCCAAAGUGUGGGGCCCUAAGCUAUAGCUUGUUUAGCUUAUGCAUAAUUCUGGCACUGGGUGCUUCUAGGUUUAUUGAGUGUUCAUCCUGAUUUCUUUGCAGAGAAGUUAGAUGAUGGAGCACAUCCACACCACCUUUAGUUCCUUGGAAGAAAGAUUGGAUAGAAUGUAAAAUAAAUGAAUAUUUAGUUGCAGAGGGAAGGCGUGGCUGGGGGACACUGACAGCAGUUUGCCCAGCACCCACCCACCUGUUCUGCAUCCUUUUCUUCCCCCUACUUAACCUUGUCCUUCCUUUCCAGAUAGACAGGACCGCUCUCCACUGGGCUGCAGGAGCUGGUCACGAACAGGCCGUCCGUCUUCUCCUAGACCACGAUGCCUCUGUGAAUGACGAGGACAACGUAAGCUUGAGGAGGAUCUCAGCUCUUGCAUCCGUGCGAAAUGCGGCUGGCCUCUUAAAACCCAGCUCCUUGGUUGCUUUGAAUGAGAACCUCCUCCAAGAAGCUUGCUUGGUUUAUUUGUUUAGACUGUUUAGCCACCAAUACAGGUGGUAAAAUACAGGGAAGUGAAAAAUGAAUGUGUCAUAAAAAAUAAUAAAGGUUCUUUUCAAAAGGCAGAGGUGAAUGAUGGAGGCUCAGGGAUAGCCUUCCUGAAACUGGUGCCCUUCAAAUGUUUUGGGCAACAACUCCCAGUAGCACCAGUAGGGCAACUGGCUCUUCUGCAUACAAUGAUGGUAGACGUUCACUGCCAUGGACUUAACCAGUAUUUUUAGAAGUGCCACAUACAAAGUACAAGGCAGCGAGUCACAAAUGCUAAAAUGUGAUGUGACAUCACUUUGGCAGCAGUUUAUUAUAGGCAUAUGCUAAACCAGGAUAUAUUUUUAGAAAAAUACAACCAGGUCCUAGGGUCAAUCCCCAGCAUCUCCAGGUAAAGGUAAAGGGACCCCUGACCAUUAGGUCCAGUCGCGGACGACUCUGGGGUUGCUGUGCUCAUCUUCCUUUAUUGGCCGAGGGAACCGGCCUCCGGAUCAUGUGGCCAGCAUGACUAAGCCGCUUCUGGCGAACCAGAGCAGCUCACGGAAACACCGUUUACCUUCAUGCAGGAGUGGUACCUAUUUAUCUACUUGCACUUUGAUGUGCUUUCGAACUGCUAGGUUGGCAGGAGCAGGGACUGAGCAACGGGAGCUCACCCCGCUGCGGGGAUUUGAACCGCUGGCCUUCUAAUCGGCAAGCCCUAGGCUCUGUGGUUUAACCCACAGCACCACCCGUGUCCCAUCUCCAGGUAGGACCAGGAAAUAAUCCUUGUCUGAAACCCUGCGAGCUACUGCCAGUCAGUGUAGACAAUACUGAGUUAGAUGGACUGAAAGGUCUGUCUCAGUGUAAGGCAGCUUCCUACAUUCCUAGAACACACAACUUUCUCCUAGGCAAAUUGAGCAAGGACUAACUGCCAUUUUAUUCCAGACCCAAGAUGACCUUUCUUCUGUCUCUCUCUGGCUACCCAGUUUGGGAUGAACGCCCUCCUCUUGUCCGCCUGGUUUGGCCACCUCCGUGUCCUUCAGAUCCUUGUCACUGCUGGUGCCAAAAUCAACUGCCAAAACAAGGUAUGGCAUCAUUCCUUGGCUCCCUGGUAUUAACAGCUUUGUAUGACACAGAGAGAGAUUCCUUUUGACUGCCUUUUGACUGCGUGUGUGGGUUGAUUGGAGAGUCUAUAAAUUUUUAAAAGUUUGAAAUCUGAAUAAGCAAUUUAGGGUGUUUCCAGGCAGUCAGAGUGGUAGUCAACUCAGUCUUACUGAGGGUUGUUGUUGUUUAGUCGUUUAGUCGUGUCCGACUCUUUGUGACCCCAUGGACAAGAGCACGCCAGGCACUCCUGUCUUCCACUGCCUCCCGCAGUUUGGUCAAACUCAUGCUGGUAGCUUCGAGAACACUAUCCAACCAUCUCGUCCUCUGUCGUCCCCUUCUCCUUGUGGCCUCCAUCUUUCCCAACAUCAGGGUCUUUUCCAGGGAGUCUUCUCUUCUCAUGAGGUGGCCAAAGUAUUGGAGCCUCAGCUUCAGGAUCUGUCCUUCCAGUGAGCACUCAGGGCUGAUUUCCUUAAGAAUGGAUAGGUUUGAUCUUCUUGCAGUCCAUGGGACUCUCAAGAGUCUCCUCCAGCACCAUAAUUCAAAAGCAUCAAUUCUGAGGGUAGACCCACGGAAAUUAAUGGACCUGCUCCAAGUAAAACUCAGUUGAAUACUGCCCUCACUAAUUUGCAGGCGGAAUUCGUUUGAACACCAGCAAAUUCAGGUUGCACUGUGACUGGCAAAUUUAAAGGAAGAUCCAAAUGGUACAGUUAAAGCACAUGACGUCUCUCAAAGAAUCAUGGGAACGGUAGUUUCACCCUGACAGAGCUAUGGUUCCCAUCAACCUUAAGCAACAAUUCCCAUGAUUCCUUGGGGGAAGUCACAUGCUCUAAAUGUGUGUUGAGUGUGCUUUAAAUGUGUGGUGUAGAUCUUCCCUUGGGAUGUAUAAUUACAGUGGAUUGGGGCUCUUGCAUAGCAAACACGCUUCCCAAGAAAGCCUUGGACUGUCUGUGCUGAGGAAAGUAAUGGUGAAAUGCACUGGAAACUGGGGGAUGAAAAUUGCCUGGUGCAUCAUUUGCUCCACAAGUUCCUCUCUCCUUCCUGCCCCCACUGCCUGCCAGCCUAAUGCAGAUGUUUGCAAUGACCAGUCUUAAACCUGAUGAUCUUUAUUGGAUGCAUGCAAUUCCUUUGGCCUGAACUGAAACCACUCAGAGAUGCAUGUCUCCCAAGGCAUGCGGAAGUGGCUGCGAAAGUAGCCUCAGAGCAGCUGGGGGCUCUUAGUCGGGAGCACCCAGUCGUCCUGUGUGGGCAGGUGGUGUUUGCUCAGCGGGACAAGUUUGGAACUGUGUGAACCAUACAUAGCCAGAAGGGCAAGCCUGUAUAUUUUUAUAAUAAAUAACUUAGGAGGAGUAAAGCAUUAAAUGAUGGCUGUAAAAGAUAAGCAUGGAGGAUAUUUUUGGCACUCAACGAGGCUGUGGUGGCUGUAAAGUUCAGGGGAAAGUUCAGGCAACUCCAAGGAGGAAGAGUUGACUGCUUUGUCCUCGUCCGCCUCCAUUCCUGGAAUUCCCAUCUUCAAUAAGUUCGUCAUACUUCCUCUCUUAAAAAUAUAUUGCUCAGGGAUACUAGAUCAGGAGUGAGGAACUCUUUGGAAGCCCAAGGGCUGCUUUUCUUUGUGGGCAAGCUUUGGGUGGUGGACCCACCCAGUGGUGGCUGGGGCCAGAACAAUAGAAGGAAAUUGAAUUUUAUUAUUUCGGUCACAGACCAGUUCCAGCCCACAUACAAUAUCAAGGAAGUCAUAAAACAUGAUAGGGAUACAUUUGAAUUUGCAGUUAGGUUUAAUUGGACUGAUGGGAGCUAUACAGUGGUACCUCGGGUUAAGUACUUAAUUCGUUCCGGAGGUCCGUUCUUAACCUGAAACUGUUCUUAACCUGAAGCACCACUUCAGCUAAUGGGGCUCCCGCUGCUGCCGCGCCGUCGGAGCACAAUAUCUGUUCUCAUCCUGAAGCAAAGUUCUUAACCCGAGGUACUAUUUCUGGGUUAGCGGAGUCUGUAACCUGAAGCAUAUGUAACCUGAAGCGUAUGUAACCCGAGGUACCACUGUAGUUCAAAACAGUUGGUGUGUUAGGCCCACAUCUCAGGAACUGAAUCCUAUUUCUUUUUUCCCCCCUCCCAGAAUGGUCGCAACUUGUUGCAUUGCGCAGCCCAAAGAGGUCAUAUCAGGGUCAUUGAGUUCAUCAUGGAAGACCUCGAGGAUGUGCAGCUGGAUAAGAAAGACAAGGUGGGAAUUUUUCAGAACAGUCUAAGGCACUGGCUUUUUUUGUAAAUAGUUCCUCUUUUUCAAAUAUGUUAUCAGGCGGUGACUGGCCCAAAGUCACUCUGUGAGCUUCAUAGCCAAGUGUGGAUUGGAACCCUGGUCUCCCAGGUCCUAGUCUAACACCAUAACCACUAUACCACAAUGACUCUCAUCCUUUCUCUCCUUAAAGAUGGACAGGACGGCCUUUCAUCUGGCUGCUGAGAAUGGGCAACUGGAGGUGGUGGACUUCCUGAUUCGCUUAGGCUGUGCCUGCAGAAUCAAAGACAAGGUAUGGAAAGGAACAGGAAUCAGCAUCCCGUUCAGUCCAGUUGCUGUUGUCUGUGGGUCUUCCUCACCCUUUGGGGCUUUGCUUAUUUCCCUCUCCAUCUAGACUGGCUCUUAAAUUAUUGGUACUUUGAGAGGCUACCACCCACACAUAUUUCAAUUGGAUGUCACAUUGAUUUGCAGGAGAAGAACACAGCGCUUCAUCUAGCUGCCAAGAAUGGUCAUGCAGAGGUGCUGCAGAAGCUUAUAGAUGUAGGAAUGAACCUUGAUGAGAAGAAUACGGUGAGUAGAAGACCUUUGCUAGUUUAUUACGUUUAUCUCCUCCUUUUCCUUCAAGGUGCUCAAGGUGAUGUACAUGAGGCAGGAGUUGAUGAUGCAGGUGAGCUGCGCACAGGUGAGCUGAAAGCGAGCUGCCGGCCAGCCCUGUGGAGCCUCCUUUUAUUGAGACAAAUAUGCAAACCAGGCAGAUACAUUUUGGGCUGUGACCUUUGCACAUCUUCCAGUCCCGAAAUAGUGGGCUGGUACAAAGUUAUAUUGGCACCUGUUUCCACCGCGCCAUUUUCCCCUUACACAGUGUAUGACGAAGGAGACAAAAGGUCUCAGAGACAAAGGUUACAGACAAGGCACCGCAGACUACUGAGACCGCAAAAGGUUAGACAGAGGCAACAAUGUUCAGACAGCCGUGGCUUUGUCUGUGAGGAGUAUGUGUGCUCCGCACCCCAAGGUCACGCAUGCAGGCAGGCUGAGGCUGCCUGCGGGUGAGGAGUGUGCUCCCUCCGGACCCCACUCCCCACUCCACGACCAUCCCUACAGCACUCUAGGUACAUAGUUGUCCUCCCCAUUUCACCCUCACAACAACCCUGUGAGGUACGUUAGGCUGGGAGAUAGUGGCUGGCCUAAGGCCACCCAUUGGUCGUUGUCCCUGAGUAGGCUAUUGAACUUAGGUGUGCUCAAAGUAGACCAACUGAAAUACAACACACACAUUCCUGUGAUUUCAGUGGAUCCAACCAACAUGGGGUACCACCGAUGGCUUUGCGGGUCCUCAUCUGACACUCUAACCACCCUUUGAGGAACAUAGUUCACUCAGUAGGAAGAGUACACCAUGAAGAUGCCAUACCCGUCAACUGUCCUGAUUUAAGCAAGGCAUCCUGGAAUUACAGAAGCCACUCCAGCUUCUGAUUGGAUCACGAGAUGUCUGGUUUUGGCUUUCGAAAGUGUGUGGCCCCGAAAGAUGUGCAUUGGGGGGGAGGGCGUGCUCUCGCGAGAUUCACCUGGCUCCCGCGAAAGUGCAGCCCUGAAAGAUGCACAGAGCAGUUGCCCCAGGUGCUCCUCUUGCCCUUGAGCACCACAGCUCAGGUACGCCACUCCAGCAAGGAGCAGCCAACUACAGGAACAGAACCGUCAGCUGCAGCAUGUGGACCCCAACAGAGGAGGGAAAAUAUGGUAUGGGUAGGUGCCAAGGCUCUUCUCCUUCUGCCUCUGCUCCUGCCAUGUGCGCUGUGAUGGUCAGUGGGGAGGGGAGUUGGGAAGUUGCUCGCUUGCUCGCUCUCGGCCCUGAAAAACUCACGUUUGGGGGAGGCCGUGCUCUCUCGCAAGUCACAUGAUUCACGUGGGUGCACGGCCCUGAAAGACAAAUGUCAGGGUUUUCCUCUGCGGGAUGUUGGUGGGUAUAAGAUGCAGGAAGGUAUUUGUGGAAGUGGGGAGGACAGCGGAGAAGGAGAAGGUUGAGUUCAGUCAUUGAGUGGCACCAGUUUCUGGAGGAAAUAUAUUGCCCCCUCUUGGCCCAGCUCAAAAAGCUGAAUGGCAAGAUCACUAAAGAGAGGGAGGGUACAAGAGUUCUCUUUUUGGCACCUGCUAAAAACAUUUUUGUUUUUAAACAUGCAGAAUCUUGAUGUGUUUCAAUCUGGUUUUUAGCUUACUGUUGGUUUUAUUUAUUUUUGAAAGUUUAAAAUAGUUGUUUUUAACUAUUUUUUUAACUGAUCAUUUCAUUGUUUAAUUAUUUUUGAAUUUUGAAUUCAAAUUUUGAAUUAUUUUUGUUUUGCGCUAUCAAAUAGUAUGUACAUUUUAUGAAAUAGUAAAUAAUUAGUAGUGCAAUCAGGGUUCUCCUCUUUUUCUCCCUUCCCAGGAAGGGUUGAGCGCCCUGCACUUGGCUGCUGAAAAUGGUCAUCAUGGCUGCAUGAAGCUGCUCCUGGAAGCCGGCUGUGAUGUCAACAUCCAAACUCAGGUCAGUGGUUCUCACUGGAAGGUGAUACCCAUCUCAGCUCCCCUGAAGGAUGCUGAGGAUUAUCGGGGGCAGGUGAUAAACAAUAAAAUAAUUGGGAUUGAGUUAAGGCAAACGUGGGCCACAUGGAUAAUCUCUUGUAUUGUCUGAAUAGUGUUUUCUUUCUCUCAGAAAAAGAUGACCUGCCUUCAUUAUGCUGCACAAAAUGGCUAUGAGAUCAUGGCCAGGAUCCUUAUUGAUGCAGGAAUUCACACAGAUACACUGAAUUACGUAAGUAGCUCAUUUGGUCGGGUACCACCUACAGCAUCUUUGUGCCUCUGAGCAAAGAAAGGAGGAAUGAGAGUCCAUUGGGUCUGUUGAGUCCAUCAUUGGACUCUCUUUGUAGGAGUGGUGCUGUAAGUUAAGAAGGCUAAGAAGCUCAGCAGGCAAGCCAUUGUUGUCUAGGAUAGCUUUCGCCAACUGGCUCCCUCCAAAUGUUGUUGGACUACAACUCCCAGAAACCUUCAGUCAGCAACAGUGAAAGCUGAUUUAGGACACCCUUCCCCCAGCUUGCUGCCCCCUCCAGAUGUUUUGGAUCAGCCCCAGUCAACAUGCCAGCUGGUGGCUGCUGGGAGUUGUAGUCCAAAGCAUUUGGAGUGCACCAGAUUGGGGAAGGUUGAUCUGGUUCAAAUCAAGUAUGUGAUAUUCCACCCCACAAGAACUUCUUGGCCUUUGCACCACCAGAGGGCUCUUAAUAUAUAAGAACAUAAUAAGAACCUGGCAGCUGGAUCCUGAUGCCCCCGUAGUCCAGCUUCUUGUUCUCCCCAUGGUCAACAAGAUACUUCUGGGAGGCUCACAAGCAGAACAAAUGCUCUUCCCACUUACAACUUCCAGCUACUGGGAACAAGGCAUCCUUCCUCCAACAGUGGAGGAUGUAAAGUGCACCUGUUUAGCAGAAGCUAAGCUUGUCUCAGGUCUGGUCAAGUGGCUGGAUGGGAGACCCAAUAUUCACCACAUUUUUAUGGCAGAAGAAACGGGGGGAUAUUAAUGUGCUGUGCUAUAUCACCUGGCUCUUACUGAAUCGGGACGACUUAUACCUCCAUGUUUGGCUUUACAUGCAAAAGGUCCGAGGGUCAAAAAGGCAGUUGGAAAAAUAUAUACUAAUAAAGCUGUACUCGACAGAUGAAAGUAUAUGACGUUUGACAUGACAGAGAAUCGUGGACCCAGGGACAGAGAAUUAGAAAGCAUCAAAAUCGAGAUGUGGAAAAUAUGGAAACAAUGAGGAGAGGCAGGACUGAGAUGUGGAGAGAUGCUUCAGAGAUCCAGACCGUGGGGAGCUCCAAAAAAUUAAUAAUUAUAAUUUGGACUAUAAUUUGGGUUUUUUUAUUUUAAUUGGAGUAUUAUGAUUGGAUAUAUUAAUUUGAUUUAUUUUAUUGGAAAAUCAAUAAAAAUGAUUAAAAAAAACAAAAGGUCUGAGGGUCAGUUCCUGACAUUUCCAGUGAACUGUAGCUCAGUGGUAGAGCAGCUGCCUUGCAUGCGGGUCCCUGGUUCAAUCCCCAGCAUCUCCAAGCAGCUCUGAAACUCUGGAGAGCUGCUGCCCAUCAACGUGGAGAAUGCCGAGCUAGAUGGAACAAUUGUCUGACUCAGUAUAAGGCAGCUUUGUUAUGUUCCUAAGAUAACAAAGGCUAAGAAAGGCAUCCUCUUGAGAACUUGGAAAUGCUGCUGCCAGAAGGAGACACAGAAGUAAGAAAGAAGGACAAAUACUGUGUCUCCAUACAAGGCAGCUUCAUAUAACGCUGCUUUCCAUUGCUACAGUUUCUGAGGGAAUAGUUAUGUCAGUCAGUUGCAGCAAAAACAAGAUGUUAAAGCAAGGUUUCCCAAACUUGACUCUCCAGCUGUUUUUGGACUACAGUUCCCAUCACCCCUGGCCACUGGUCCCGCUAGCUAGGGAUAAUGGGAGUUGUAGUCCAAAAACAGCAGGAGACCCAAGUUUGGGAAACCCUGUGUUAAAGAACGGCAAUAUAUUGAUGGCCUCUCUGCUUUCAGGCUUUUAGCCCUAAAACCUGUUUCCAGCGUCAGAGCAGAAUGGGUGCCUUUGCACACCUGCAGAGUUCUGUACCUGUUCCAUUGAGUAAUGCUGUCAUGUUAAGAGACAGACCUUCUAGCUCAGAGGAUGUACCUUAGAAGGCAGGCUUCCCCCCACUUCAACUGUACACAAAACUAUCAGUGUGCUUCAUUUUACAGCAAAAUGCAUCAGCUAUGCACAUUGCGGUGCUACAGAAUCACCCAGCCAUCGUUAAACUCCUAAUUGAUGUUGAAUGUGACCUGGAUAUCCCUGAUAAUGUAAGACUUUUAUUUUAUUUUAAAGAAAUAAACUGUAUGGUUUCAUGCUAUUGAUACACGAUCUACAUGUCCCAAAUGUUAAGAGACCACCAGUGCUCCACCAUAGAGCAAUAGGCCCUCAUUAAUACUAGCGCCUAAUUUUCUGUUUUUACCCAGAGGCAGCAGAGCCCACUGCAUAUUGCUGCAGAGCAUGGGAGACAAGACAUUGCUGAGAUGAUUCUUAUCGCCGGGGUGAACUUAAAACUAACGGACAAGGUAAUAAUUCCAUCGCAGACAAGUAGCACCUUCUCAGUCAUGGUUGGAAUAGAAUGCAAGCAAUCAGCAUACAGAUAUUUGAACGGAAACAUUAAUACUAUUUUGGACUUCAGAAGAAACUGAAGGCAGAUGACACUCAAAAGAAGUUUUAAUAAAGAAAAGAACCCAUGUGAUUCCCAGGAACUGGAAUUCAGUGGUAUGCCAUCCUGAUUUGUAGGCACUGAUAGCCUUAUGCUUGAGGUAUCCACCUCACCCGUUUUUAAAGCCAUCCAUCUUGGCAGCCACCACUAUGUCUUUGUGGUGGGGAAUUCUGUAGUUUAGCUGAGUGCUGUGUUCUUUGGAUGGUUGGUAUGUUUUCAUUUGUUGUCUCUCCUGAAUCUCCCACCGUGGUUUUUGCCAGAGUCUUGCAGAGGAGCCGCAAAGCAGAGCAACAUUUUUUGCAAUGUUGCAAAGGUAGAAAUAUCAUGACCCGGCAAUGGACCGAGCACAUUAGGCAGUUGUCAUACGAUUGUGCAUGGGUGAAUAAGCCCCAAACGACAGAACAUUUCUCUCUCUCCUCCUUCCACUUGGAUUCCUUUUUUCACUUGCUGCAGGGAGCUUAUGAAAUUUGCUUGGUCCUGUGUUCAAAAUUUGGACAAAAACACAUUUCCUUCCCUGAAGCAAUUCCUUGCAGGUUGCGCUCUCUCUCUCUCUCUCUCUCUCUCUCUCUCUCUAUACACACACACACACACACACACACACACACACACACACAUACACACACACACAUACACGUACGGUAUGUUAAAUUUCUGGAGAAAUAUUACAAAAUCAUAUUAUGCAUCUUUCAUCAGUAGAAAAUGACAGAAGUCAAACCACUUGGAGCUUUCUUCCUUACAAUCAAGUGGCAUAUAAUUUUAUGAGCUGAAUACUGUUUGUUCAUUUAAAAAAGUGAUAAAUGCAUUAAUGCUGUUGUGCGAUUUUUGCUGUGAGAUUUGGAAAGCCUAUCCAGACACAUAGUUGGCUGAUGUGUUUUCAACUUGUCUUAUUUUAAUGAUCUUUUACAUGUUUUUAAUUACUUGUUUUUAAGCUGUUUAUCGAUAAUCAUAAUAUUGAUUGUAAAGUACUUAGUGGUUUUAUUACCAUCAAGCGGUGUAUAAGUUUUGCUAAAGAAUAAUAAAAUCAUCUUUCCUUCUCCUGCUCUUACCUUUGAUUUCAGCAAGGUAAAACAUCCCUAGAUAUUGCUGCCCGUGGCAACCACAUCAACCUGGCUGACAUGAUCAUCAAAGCAGAUAGGUUUUACAAAUGGGAAAAGGUAGGUGGGCAUUAUGGAAUAUCCAAACAUUCAUGUAUACAGUGGUACCUCGAAAGUCGAACAAAAUUCGUUCCGGAAGUCCGUUCAACUUCCAAAACCUUCGGAAACCAAAGCGCGGCUCCUGAUUGGCUGCAGGAAGCUCCUGCAACCAAUUGGAAGUCGCAGAAGCCCUGUUGGAAGUUCGGGUUCCAAAGAAUAUUUGCAAACCAGAACACUCACAUCCAGAUUUGCAGUGUUUGGGAGCCAAAAUGUCCAAGUACCAAGGCGUUCGGGAUCCAAGGUACGAGUGUGUGUGUGUGUGUCUCUAUCUAUGGGCUUGUGGGUAUGGAAUGUUCACAGAUACAGCUGCUGAAGGGAAAGGUGUCAGCAACAGAAUGUUGAUAAGCAGUGCAGGUGCUGUGAAUGAAAGGAGAGGUCAGUUUGGCUGGAGUAGAGAUGACGAAGAAAAGUGUGCUCUUGGCAAGGGCGAAGCAUGUGAUGAGGUGGCCAUGUGUCCUUGCUUUACAGAGGAUGGUCCUCUUUUUGAAGAUCUGUCAGAGGCAGCCUUAUGUUUAAAGAUGUCUUCCAUUUGAAUGGCUGUCCGGUCCAAAUGUGAAGAUAAAGAACCCUAAGGCAGGAGAAAAGGAAAAGGGGCCUUGAAGUUGCCCAUCAAUGGUUAGAAGCACCAGGUAAAAGGUAAAGGCCCCUGGACGGUUAAGUCCAGUCAAAAGCGACUAUGUGGUUGCGGCGGUCAUCUCGCUUUCAGGCAUAGGGAGCCAGCAUUUAUUCAAGCAUUUAUUUCAGGUCAUGUGGCCAGCAGGACUAAACCACUUCUGGCACAAUGGAACACUGUGAAUGAAACCAGAACACACGGAAACACCGUAUACCUUCCCGCCACAGCGGUGCCUAUUUAUCUACUUGCACUGGUGUGCUUUCGAACUGCUAGGUUGGCAGGAGCAGGGACUGAGCAACGGGAGCUCACCCUGUCACGGGGAUUCGAACCGGUGGCUUUCUGAUCAGCAAGCAAACUCAGCAGGCAGGCACCUCCUUCACUCUGCACCCACUUAGAGCCAUUAUAGACAGCUUGGAGAAAACAUUUGUCAGUAGUAGAGGAAAUAAAAUUUUGGGGGGAAAUUCAAGUUAGCAGUGAAUCAGCUCUUGCCACUUUUUUGUAGGAUAAUCUGAACAGCGACUCCGACUCCUGGGUAGCCAAGCACUUAACCUUCAAGCAGGACCACCGGAUGGAGACGCAGCACAUCCGCUCCGUCAUGUGGAGGCUUGCGACCAAAUACCUCAAACCCAACGAGUGGAAGAAGCUGGCACAUUACUGGAAAUUCACCGAGGCUCAUAUCAGAGCCAUUGAGCACCAGUGGGCAGGUAGGUCGGCUGCUUAGACUAAGCACCUUCCUGUGCACUUUUAGGAAGAGUGUUUCCCAGCUCCUACCUACCUGGAGAUUGAACCAGGAACCUUCUGUGUGCAAAGCAGUUAACAGCCCAUCCCCGAUCACUCACACAGAGGGCAUGUAGGAGGGUUUUCUGAGAGGCUCCCUGCUGCCUCUCUGCAUGAGUCACUGCUGUGGACUUGCCAGCUGCCAAUGGAGGGCUACAACUCAGGCAGAAAGCACAGAGAGUGGUGCUUUGAGGUCAGCUUAAUCCCAGUGCCUGAGUGUGUAAAAAGUAAAAUUUUGCCCCUCACCGAUCAAAAUGUUGGAGGAACACUUUUAAAGACAGAAUCAAUAGCCUGAUAUUAGAAGCAAAUUUGUGAAGUAAGGAGGAGGUGCUUGGAGGUUUGUGAAAGGAACCCCCCUGCCUUCUCAGACAACUGCUCUCCAGGAUCUGUCUUUGCCAACCUUGGCCACAUUUACACAAUAUAUACUUAAAGCACUAUGGUAAUUUAAACAGUCAUGGCUACCCCAAAAUAAUCCUGGGAGCUGCCAUUUGUUAAGAGUGCUGAGCGUUGUUAGGAGACCCCCUUAGUCCCCUCACCAAACUACACGUCCCAGAGUUCCCUGAAGUGAUUGUUAAACCACUCUGGAAAUUGUAGCUCUGUGGUGGGAAUAGGGGUCUCUUUGCACCCUUUGACACACUACACUUCCCAGGAUCCUUUGGGGGAAGCCAUGACUAAACAGUGCUAUCAUACUGCUUUAAAUGUGUGGUGUAAAUGAGGCCCUGUCCUCCAGCUGUUUUGGGUGAUCAUCUCUCAUCAGCCGCAGCCUGAUAGCACUGUAAUCCAAAACAGCUGGAGGACACGGAGAUAGUGACAGCUAGUGACAGUAGGUAGUAUUCUCCCAAGGUGGUGAGCCAUGUCCCAAAUUGUAGGCAUUUUUCCUAUAACAAAGAAUCUGGUUGUGACUGUUCCAAGACAAGUCCACAGCUGACCACUCUUCACACUUAUGCCAUAAGACACUAUGAAGCAUUUAAAGGUCUUUGUAUAUGUGUGUGCACCUGCUAUCCCCCGUUCUUCUUUCUAGGCAGCAAAAGCUACAGAGAACAUGGUCAUAGGAUGUUACUCAUUUGGCUCCAUAGCGUGAUUAUGGCAGGGGAAAACCCAGUCAAAGGACUGUAUGAAGGCCUGGUGGGCAUCGGUAGAAGAGACUUGGCAGGUAAGGGUCACCUGGUUUUGCAUGAAAUUAGCUGGGCUAUCCAACACAUCUUUAUCAGUGUCAGCUGAAUUUUAUCCUGUAAAAAGUAGGCAUGCUUAAGCCUCGUUCCUUAUUGUUCAGGAAAUGUGUUGUACUUUUUAGUGUGUUGCACUAGGACGUGUGCGAUCCGGGUUCAAAUCCCUACUGGCAACCUUGGGCCAGUCACUGCCUCUCGGCAUAACUGACCUCAUAGGGUUGUUGUGAGAACAAAAUGGCGGUGGGGGGGGUGGAGAACCACGUAUGCCACCUUGAAUUCCUUGGAGGAAGAGUAUUGUUAUGUAUGCAAGAAAUAAAUAAAGGCUAUUACUCAAAACCUCUUGGAAAGAAUUCAGACUUCUUGUUCAAGCCUAGUUUAGCAUAGAUGGCUAUCAAGAAAUGAGAAGGACAUAAGAACUGCAUUUUGUUUUCAAACAGAAAGCAUCAGGAAACAGGCGAAUGCAGACUCCACCUCACCAAGGAAGUGCACCGCAAUGUGAUACCAGUAAGAGCACAGGAAACCUCCUGUUUUUGCUGCGUCAGAAGUUUCACGCUGGAGCCACAGCAAGCAAAAUGGACAAUUCUGAACUGUUGGUCGGAAGGUAUCCAUAAACUCUCUUUCCAAGGGCUUCUUGCCAUAGCAAAUGGCAACCGUAUCCACUAUCCACUCAAGAUCAGGUAACAAUACAAGUUGGUACAUCAACAGGCUCUGCUCACAGCAAUGCAUUCUUUAUAGUAAAGAGAAGGCACGAUUCUCAAAACAUGGGAGACCAGGAAGUGAAAUAUACACCAUAUUUUCCAGAUCUAAGACUAUGGUUACAAUCUCAAGUUCCAGGAUGGCCCAGGACGUUUUGCUGCUUCAGGAAAACUCCCCACUGCCACUGCGCCUGCUGUGUCACCAUGGCCAUGCCACACCCAAUCCCUCUCCGCAGCUGUACCCUGCCUGCGAUAGAGGAGGUGGGUUUGUGGCAACCAUGGAGGCAGAGACACACCCACGCAGGAGGCAGCAAUGGUGAACAGCAUGCUCUUCAAUCUCAGUUAGGCCAUCAGAGGCAACUGUCUUCAUGGCUGGGCCAGCCCUGCUCGAGUAAACCUUGUUAAAUCAAUAUAAAUUAAGUUAAAGGUAAAGGGACCCCUGACCAUUAGAUCUAGUCGUGACCAACUCUGGGGUUGCGGUGCUCAUCUCGCUUUAUUGGCCGAGGGAGCUGGCGUACAGCUUCCGGGUCAUGUGGCCAGCAUGACUAAGCCACUUCUGGCGAACCAGAGCAGCGCACGGAAAUGACAUUUACCUUCCCGCCGGAGCGGUACCUAUUUAUCUAUUUGCACUUUGACAUGCUUUCGAACUGCUAGGUUGGCAGGAACAGGGACCGAGCAAUGGGAGCUCACCCCGUCGCGGGGAUUCGAACCGCCAACCUUCUAACUGGCAAGUCCUAGGCUCUGUGGUUUAACCCACAGCGCCACCCGCGUCCCAUCAAUAUAAAUUACUGUUCAGCAAAUACUGUUAAGAGUGUAAUGGGACAUGCAUAACAAUGUUUCUCAGCUGGAAAAUCUCACUGUGAAAUAAGAAAAAUCUGCAAUUCUCCCGGUUUUUCUAAACGCACCUCCAUUGUGGUAGGGGUAGCUACGACUGCAGGGAAAAAACUGAUUUAAGUUUCACUAAAGAAUGAUGGCAUCAUGUUCCACCAUUGGAGACUGCACGGAGAGAGACGCCUAGAAUUCUGCUCUUGUGCCAGUCUGGUGCUAGCGAGCCACGUUUAUUUCUCAGUGUAAGCUGUUUACAUUUCUCCCAUGCAGGCAUAAUUUUUUUAAAACACAAGAAUUUUAUGAAGAAGCCCCACCCACCCUCGGACAUCUCUCUGUGGAAAAAAGCCAAGCACACCAUUGGGCCAGAGUUAAGUGUUUGUUAGUUCCACGGACUCCAAGAGAUACAAUUAGAUGCAUGCUUACUUUGGGUUGGAUUGUGGCCUAGGUUAGCUGAUCUUUUUCCAGUCUGAGGACUAUAUUCCCUCCUGGACAACCUCCAGGGACCCUUUUGCCAGCAGCAGGCAGGGCCAGAAGUGAAAACCGGCUGGAGGCCCAAGUGUGACACUAUUUCAAAAAGUGAAAAUCUAGACACAAAAGGUGCAAAGAUUUUGUGUGUGUGUGUGUGUGGCAAAGUUAUGAGCUAUCCAGGGUUUCAACAGGGGUCUCUCCUCUCCUCCACCCUGGAGAUUGAACCUGAGACCUUCUGCAGGCAAGACAGAUGCUCUAGCAAGGGUCCUCCUACUGAAGAAAACACAUCUUUUCCUUUAACUCUUAUGGAGUAUUUGUGUGUCUGAAAGCAUGGUGCAGAUAGAUGCUGCACCUGCAAACAGAUGCCCCAGCUGCAUGCUUCUCAAGCACAAGGAUGCCCUUUGAGUGUUACAGCAGAAGACAAAUCCGCCAUUUAUUUUAUGUUCUUCAUGAAGCAGAUUUCAUAUGAACUUGGAUGGAGCAUGAGACUUCAGUGCCUAAUAAACAGUGGGCAGCUACCUCAUGCUUUUUGCACCAUGUCCGUCCCCCCCCCGAAGGAGUAGCUUGACUCAGUCCAUGUGAAAUAUACUAGGGUCGACUUGAUUUAGAACUGCAUACUAAGAACCAAAGCCAAUACUUUGGUAAUCCAUGCUUAACCUCUUAUUUUUGUACACCUUAGAGCAGAGGUGGAACUUUGUAGACCCCCCAGAAGUUGAUGGACUCCAACUCCCAUGUCCUUGACCCAUCGGGCCAUGCUGGCUGAUGGGAGUUGAAGUCCAACAAAAUCAGGAAGGCCACAGGUUCCCUAACUUUUGCCUUUGAGCUAUGCAUAUGGAAAGAAAGCUGGAUAGCCAAACGCUCCUCCUCAGCGUAUCAACAGCUACAAGUUCACUGAAAGGAGGAACUAUCAGCUUCAGAUUCUAUACAGUGAUUCUAUACAGGCAGGGCCAACCAAGGCCCGGGGUUCAUUCCCGUCAGCACAGAUAGGAUGGUCACCUCUUUGUAUUUACCAACAGUAUACUUUUCUUAAACUUGUCAUGAAGUUUUGUAUUUUUAAAAAAGUGCAAGCAUAACAUCUGGUUUUCAAAUAAACUUAUUUUUUCCCUU